AUGGUACGAGGUGGUGGGAUACCCGUCACAUAUCCAACAACAGCGCCUGAAAUAGCUAUACCAGAAUUAGAUGGAAAAACAGCGAAAAUGUAUCGAGGUGGAAAAAUAUGUUUGACAGAUCAUUUCCAACCAUUAUGGGCAAAAAAUGUGCCAAAAUUUGGUAUUGCUCAUGCUUUAGCACUUGGACUUGGUCCAUGGCUUGCUGUUGAAGUUCCCGAUCUUGUUCAACAUGGUGUCAUUGUUCAUAAAGAAAGAUCAGCAGCACCAACGAAUGCUAGCGGCAAUACAAGUAACACGUCUGUACAAUAG